UAGAGCUAAGCGUCAUUAGUGGCAUUAUACGACAUACGAUUGUGCGAAAUAUCUUAGCAGUGUCAAUAUGUCUGGUCCCAAAUAUGUGUCAGUUUAUUGGGAACAGAAAAAGAAAUUUACAACACAAAAAAUAUUUUGUGUAAGAAACCCAAGCCAACUAAAAAACUCGAAACUUGAUGAUGUUGAACAUCAGGGGAGAGACAAAGACAAACCACAGAAUGGCUGGCAAUGCUUUCCAGGAAGAAUCAUAGCAAUUGGAGCCAAGAAAAAAUCAAUUGAAGCAAAGGGUUUUCUCAAGAACCAAGAAAUUACAGCAGCAGAAAGGGAAGGUGGUGAAAUCGCAGGGAAUCAAACUGUUUUGGAUUCCAGUUCAGCGGAAUCAGAUUCAUCUUCCUCAAGUAAAUGUUAUGACAACAUUCCUUCGACAUUUUUUGAAAGUCAGCUUCAAGCUAAGCUAAAUGAGGAUAUUCCUUCAAGUCAGCAGCUUCAAUCUAAGGACAAGGCAAAAGCUAAGAUCACGUGCAGGCAUUGGAGAAGUUAGCCGUCAAAGAAAUGGUGUUGUUCUGUGAAAACCGCAAAGUUUGUCGAAACGUCAGAAUUGCACAUUUCUUAGAUGAAACACCACGACCAUAUGAUCGUAAUUCGUCAGCCGUUUGCGACAUUUGCGCAUCUGAAGCCAUAUAUAAAGAAGUUGACGUCAUACAACAUGUUUGUGAUAGGAGCUUGCAUACCGGCGAUGUUAAGGAUUGUGCACUGUACGGCAAAGGUUCAGGUUGGAAAACUGAUAAUGCCUUUAGAUUAGUUCAACAACUAAUUCUGGAUAACGUACUGGAAGAAAGGUUGGUGUGUGAAAAAGGACGACAAGCGUAUGCAAUUAUUCUCAUUGGAAGCAACUGGCCUUUGCAAAAGAACAACCAGCCGCGGGUGGAAAUUAGAAGAAAGAAACGUCGUAAUCGGAUUCGAUCAAGCUCUCCAGAAACACGCGAACAAUCCCCGUCUAUUCCAGAUUGCUCUGACGUACCAAUGGAAUUAGUAAUUGCAAUUGUUGCAGAUGCGAAUGACAACUCUUCGGAUUCAUCAGAAGAAGAAAUUUCUACUGAAGAAAUGGAAGAGCAUGGCAAAUGCAUCUGCAGCAAUUGCCACAUGCGUCAUUCCUGGCUGGUUUUUUUUUGUGCCAUAUCAGAAACAGCAAAGGAGAAUGAAUUGUCAGCUCCUUCCGGGCCGCCGGUGCGACUAGUUACAGUCGGUGAAGAAAUGCAAGUAGUGCCAGGUAGUCGGACAUGCUACCACUGCCGCGUAGUGGGACAUAUCGCAAAAGAUUGUACCAAUCCCACUUAUAGAGCACGGCAAACGAGUUGUGCGCCAUAUGGCGCGUUAUGCGGACGACACGGCACGGCAACUAUUCGAAGUCAUGGCAUGGCCCGGCACCACCACCCACAAAGCGCUGGUAUCUGGUAUCCGCUUUAAAGUUUUGAUCUUCUGCAACAAGAGUUUGACGGCAAGAAUUGCCCAUGGCUAUUGGGGAAGCCAAAGAUUUUCUUUUUCAACGCCUGCCGCGGACAAGCCACAAAUAUUGCCCAUGUUCCCACAGAAUUUUUGUCGAGUUCCAAAGAUGUUAUUAGAAUGGAGAUGGUUCCAAAUGAUUCGGAAUCUUUGUUUCUUGGGCCACAACACCAGGAUAUAAAGCUUAUGAACGUGAUUGUCAAAAUGUUAUGUAUUUUAAUUUUUCUGUUUUCCUGAUUUAGACCUACUUUAUUCCAUGGAAAGAUGUUAACCUGGUUCUCCCGGCUCUCCAUUCUUGCAACAAUUGUUUUUUGGUUUUUCUACCGUUUUUUACCAUUUUUUAAAAAUUAGAUUUAAAAACAGUGGAAAACCUGUUAAGAAGUUAUCUGAUGUUGAAUUAAAUCAGAACAACCAGCCGCGGGUGGAAAUUAGAAGAAAGAAACGUCGUAAUCGGAUGCGAUCAAGCUCUCCAGAAACACGCGAACAAUCCCCGUCUAUUCCAGAUUGCUCUGACGUACCAAUGGAAUUAGUAAUUGCGAUUGCUGCAGAUGCGAAUGCCAACUCUUCGGAUUCAUCAGAAGAAAAAAUUUCUACUGAAGAAAAUGGAAGAGCAUGGCAAAUGCAUCUCUAAACCUAGUUUAUUACUUAGGUUUUUUCGGCGUAAACUGAUUUUUUUUAGAUUAUGUGUGCUACGGUGGCGUUUGGAUUGGGCAUAAAUAAGCCAGACGUCCGUUUCGUAUUUCACCUGUCAAUCCCGAAAUCCAUGGAAGGGUAUUAUCAGGAAAUUGGUCGUGCUGGUCGAGAUGGACAGUUGGCACACUGUGUCAUGUAUUACAAGUUUUCGGAAUCUCAUGUCCAGCAGAAUCGAGUCGUUUUAAUCCUCGUGUGUGUGUUCCCGUUCGACAACCAACGUCUUGGUGCAGAGCUGACUGAAGUCACCACACCUGUUGACGGAUUAAUUUGUUGAUCAACAGACACAGUCGUUUGUUUCUUCGUUUGUGUGUUCCCGUUCGAAAACCAACGCCUUGGUGCAGAGUUGACUAAAUCACUACACCGUUUGACAGAUCGCGUCGUUCUUCACAGGAUAUACGACGAUUCUUCUUGUGCCUGUUUUCCGUCCGACAACCCAAGUCAUAUGGUGCAGAGUUGACAGAAGUCACCACUCCUUUGACGGAUUAAUUUGUGGAACAACAACUUUUCACCGACUUAAUCGUUCGAAAUCUUCCUUGAACAUCCAGAAUGGAAAAGUUUGCUAGUACAGUGUCUUCUAAGGAAUAUGAUCUAGAAUUCACAAAGUUGCUAGAUCAAAAAAUAGUUUCAUUGAAAAGUCCUGUGGAAGAUCCUGACAUUGAUCAAGAAACAAAGUUGUUCAUGUGU